CGCGGAAGAAUAGAGUCCGCCCAUUCCCCCCCUCUCCCCCCUCCCCCGCGCGGCUCUCGCUGCCUUCCGCCCUCGGCUCCUCCACUGGUGACCGCGGCUCAAUGGGAGCGUCUCUGUCAGACACACCGUCGGUCAUCACCAUCACCAUCCCGACCUGACACACACAACACGGUUCCCGAGGAGCACCGCCCGCGCCCAUCUCUCGCGGUGACAGGAAUUGGCUGUUUGUUGAGAGGGUACACAGUACAACCAGAUCUCAGGGAGGAGGAGGAGGGAGAGGACCUCUUGCUUUCGGCCUAGUCCGACACCGGGGCUUUUUUGGGAAUGAAUAACCUAUCACUGAGCGAGCUGUGCUGCCUCUUCUGCUGCCCUCCCUGCCCGGGGCGCAUCGCCUCCAAGCUGGCCUUCCUGCCGCCAGAGCCCACCUACGCGCUGAUGGCGGAUGAGUCUGGCAGCCGCUGGAGCCUGCACCUGUCUGAGCGGGCCGACUGGCAGUACUCCCAGCGGGAGAAGGACUCCAUCGAGGCCUUCAUGACCAGGACCACCCGGGGCAACCGGGUCGCCUGCAUGUUCAUCCGCUGCUCGCCCACCGCCAAGUUCACGCUGCUCUUCUCACACGGCAACGCCGUGGAUCUGGGACAGAUGAGCAGUUUCUACAUCGGCCUGGGCUCCAGGAUCAACUGCAACGUCUUCUCCUACGAUUACUCUGGCUACGGGGCCAGCGCCGGGAAACCUUCCGAGAAAAACCUCUACGCAGAUGUGGACGCAGCCUGGCAAGUCCUGAGGACCAGGUACGGGAUUCGUCCAGAGAAUGUGAUACUAUACGGGCAGAGUAUAGGCACGGUACCUACAGUGGAUCUGGCUGCACGAUAUGAAUGUGCUGCAGUUAUCCUUCAUUCUCCAUUGACCUCAGGAAUGCGGGUGGCCUUCCCAGACACAAAGAAGACCUACUGUUUUGAUGCAUUCCCCAACAUUGACAAGAUUUCUAAGAUAGUCUCUCCAAUACUGAUCAUCCACGGGACCGAAGAUGAAGUGAUCGACUUUUCUCAUGGGUUGGCACUAUAUGAGCAAUGUCAGAGGCCAGUGGAACCACUUUGGGUAGAAGGAGCCGGUCACAACGACGUGGAGCUUUACGGACAGUAUCUUGAAAGGCUGAAACAGUUUGUUUCUCAUGAACUGGUGAAUUCUUAAAUGGACUCUUUAAUAUCUUAGGGUUUUUGUUUGUUUUUUUUAAUUCAAGAAUGCUUUCCAUUUUUCAUUCACUCAGACUGUAUAUGCAACUAAAAGAAAAAAGACCCGAAGGUUUUAUUUGCAAAUCAAAUGGUAACAUUGGAAUAUAAGGUUUGCAGAUGACGGCAUUGAUGCCAGUAUUAUAUAUAUAUAUAUAUAUAUAUAUUAAAAAAAACUGGAGACUACCAUGGAGUCAGUUUGUUAAAUCAGUUUAUGUAUUUGAUGGCAAAAUUUACCAUUGUUCCUUCCAUAGUUUUACUGUCUAGAAAGAUUAUUCAGAUGUUAGUGUACUGUAUGAAACGUUUAUUUAUGACGUACAUGAGUAGCUGUUGCUUUGUACGUAUAGUAUUGCCAAAUUGAUCAGAAUAUCGGUAGAAAAAUAUUCUAUUGAGUGAUCUUUGGAAUACCUCUCAGUAAAUAGGCAGUGUUUUUUUUCAGCGCAUAAAGUCUUUUGGCAAGAUAUAAAUUUGGCAUAAUUCCAAACUUAGUUAUUAUGCUAUAGAAAUCUAAUUUAAGCAUUCGCCCACACCCAAGGUUUAUUUUAAACAGAUUUGAAUUAAUAAAAUAUUGCAAAUGGCCCUUCUGGGAUUUAAAUUCAAACUUAUGAUUAAAAAAUUUUUUUUUUGUAUUAACACAAAGCUUCGACCAUUAUUUCUUUUCCAGUGCUGAAUUUGCAGAGAUGUUGGAUCAAAUUAUGUUUUCGCACAAUUUUAACAAAUGUUUGGCUGCAUGUGUGGGUAAACUCUGGCUGCAGAUUACAUGUAGAAUUACAAGGGAGAUGACAACCCUUCCUUGUUAAAAAAAAAUGUUCACAUGUGUCUCGAAGGAAGGUUGCAUUAUAUUUCAUCGCACACAAGAAAUACAGUAAUGAAGUAAGUUUUUUUUCACCUUUAUGGGGGUGGAAGGGAGGGGUUGGCAUCUAGCCAAAUUACAUAAGGAAUGUUAAUAUUUUUAACCUAUAUACAGUAGUAUAAUACUCUUUUAAGGUAUAUUUCCCUGAGAGAGCUUAAUGUAUACAAACACUAACAGCAAUGGUGCAGUGUAGAAUGAAUGCAUUUAAAUGGACAAUGCAAAGCUUGAAUUGUUUAAAAAAAAUUGAAACUAUGGUACGCAAAGUAGCCUUACAGAUUUGUUACUUUUUUUGCUUUUUUUUAAUAUGUGAAUGUGUAAAUGCCUGUACUGUACCUUGUAUUUGAAAAUUUUAUGCUGAUGUAUGAUUCCAUAUUUCUGUAUAUCAUGACACAAAGUGCUAUUUAGCAGUCAACUCUUAUCUCGCCUGUGGAACAACCAUACAGUCCGAUUUAUACAUUCAGUGUCAAACAAGGGGUGGCAAGCAGGCAUUGCCAGCAUUGAUGCUAUAUUCUUUGUUUAUUUUAGUUGCAAUGUACUCAGAGGUCAGCAUUUCAGGAGCCAACUGUGGUACUUUACCCAUUUUUAAAGAGUUAACACGUGUUUUUUAAAAAGAAUGGUAUCUCUAAACAAAUCUUGUAAAGUGAUAAUUGGAAUCCAUUUGUAUUGCUUUAUGUUAUCUUGAUCAUCCACUCAUUAUCUGAAAAUAUCUAUAGUAUUGAUUCUGUCAAAACUACAUCCCAAGUGUGCAGUUAUUGCGUGUUACUGAUGCCAUAAGAUGUUCCCAUGGCUUCGAGUGUAUAUUGUUUGCUCCACUUGUUAGAUCGUAACAUAAAAUCUUAUACAAAUUGACUAGAUAACCCAUCUGUGAUAGAUCAGUAUUUACUCACUUGCUCUGAAAAAAUAUUGAGCCCCUAUUGCAAGUCUGUGUUUUACUUGCAGAAUCUAGUGACUUCAUCUCUCCAAAAGGACAGCAGAAUUGUGGUGCAGGUCUCAUUUCUGAUCACCCUCUUGAAGUGCCAUUUACCAAAAUGACUCUUCUGUCCACAAGUGGGGAAGACUCAAAAUUCCUGAUCCAAACAUUUCUCAUGUUCUGUAUUAAUAAGCACCUAAUGUUCUGUCUUUCCAAGUGAAUGGUUAAAUCUCAUUGUGUUGUGUUAGAGCUACAGUAAGAAUUAAUCUCUAACUUGCCAAACAAAAGGGAUUGUGUGAAAAAAAACAAUUGUUUGGGCUUGCUGAACUUGACAGAUGCACGCUCAGCCCCAAAUGGGCUGAUUCAGUUGACGCUGGUAAAGAGAGUAGCUGCUGGAGGUAACUGCUCCUCCUGGCUGUACUUCCCAGUGAGAACUGGCACUGAUGUGAAGGAAGAAACUGAAGCGAGAGUUGCAGAUGGGUUAUCUAGCCUGGCCAGUUGACCUCACAGCUAGGGUGGUCGCACAUACACAUUGCCAGUCCAAACAGAUAGGUGCCAUACGUGAAAACUACUUUACAAUCUGUGAAUCUGUGUGUUUUGUGAACAUUGUUAAAUGUGAGUAAUGGAGUGGCCUGUGGCGAAAUGAAACUUUCAAGUACUUUUUACCUUACUGACUACUGAGCAAACUUAAAACUACCUGUAUUUGUAUUUGUUUUGCUUUUUUUCUGUUCUACCUGAUGCUGGCAGAUUGGUAUUUUUUCAUAGUUGAAUUAAACUUUGAUUUAAAACAAA